AUGGUUGAAGUAGACGUCGAUGCGAAAUCUCCGCCGUCACCACGGGCAGCCACCGCCACCGCCCCCGCCGCCUCCAACAAUGGAGUUGUCGGGGGAUUUUUCCAGCUGGGCCGGCCGAAACUCCGCGUGACCACGGAGUACGACAGUGACAGCUCAGCGUUCUUGCACAAGCCUUCAAAUGCACUAUCAUGUGCAUUUAAACGGAGAUGCAGCCCUUCAGACAAGUUGAGUUACUGGUACUGCUUUGACUCGAACAAUUGGAGUGCCGUGUAUAAACAUACGGCUGGGAAGGACUACAAAUUUAAAGCUGGUUAUGAUUCUGAGGUCCGACUUGGAUGGGCGUCUCUCUGGGUUGGAGAUGAAGAUGGCAAAGCAAAGACAGCUCCAAUGAAGAUGAAAGUGCAAUUCAUGCUCCAAGUUCCACAAGAUGAUAUCAAAUCAUCUGUUUUAAUGUUCCGUGUCAAGAAGAGGUGGGACAUAUGAUUCUGUAUUAAUUAGAGUGGCUUGUUUGAUUUUCCAUCGGAGUAUUCGGCAUUACUAUCAUGUUGUAACUCCCCGAAAUAAUUUAUUCUCCCUUUUUUUGUUUUGUUUUA